AUGGAGACCCGGGGCUCGAAGCGCAAGAGUUCGGCGAUUUCUCCCGCAAAGCCGACAGAUUCUCCCAACUACCAAACCACCACACCGCUCAAGAGAGGACCACACAAGAAACUACGAUUCUCAGACUCUGUACUUCUUGAAGGCUCUACUGGACUGACUCCUGCUGUUGGCAAGGCCUCCUUGAAAACUCCCAAGCUUAGACGAGCAUCAACUCCGGCCGUCACAAGACACCAGGACCAUGAUGAAGUACAGUUCCAUCCAUACACAGACUGUCUUACUCCGAGAACGGUCAGGCAAGUUAGGCGGCACGGCCUCAGCGAAACCAUGAACCAGUACUAUGCAGACCUGAAGGCCAACAAGAAACUAGUGCAUCAAUUGGAACUCAAGAACAACGAAAUUCGGAAACUGAAGGCAGAGCUGGCCGAAGCACAGCACCGCAACGACCCUGCAGAGGAACUAUCUUCCAGCCAGAUCAGAAUCAACGAGAUGGAGGCUGAAAUAGAACAACUUCAACAGAGUUUCAGUAACGCUGGAGGCGAUGAUGACGCAUUCCCCAUUUUCGAAGAUGAAACUGCAGGAGACAACAACCUACACUCAGAUGCAUUUGAUCCUCUGAUGGAAUCGGAUCUUGAAACCGCGCGUCAAGCCAAACAGUCCCUCUUCACGUCAUUUCGAAGUGUCUCUAAUGAUACCCUUCAGUUUGAUGACUCGCCAAUCCGUCAAACAAUUCAAUCCCAACUGUCAAGUCCACCUAAGAACCAUCAACAUCUGUCAAAAGAGCUUGCAGCUGCAACCAACCGAGCCGAAGAUGCGGAACUGGCUCUCAAGGCGCUGGAUCUUGAGAUUAAGAGCCUGGGCUUCUCUCCUCGCGAUUAUGAUGACGAUCCUGCAGAUUGCGUGGCGACUAUUAAGCAACACUUCUUCGAUAUGCGCGUUGAGCUGGAGAGAAUUAUCCCCGGUGAAACAAUCGCUUCUUUCGAAAACGCUCGUCUCAUCCCUGAAGCUCUCGCGAAGCUCAAGCUGGUGGCUGACCGGGUUCGAGAACGUGAAGCUGAGCUCAAGUCUAUGCGAGACGAACGUCGCUGUCUCAAGGGCAACUUCGACCACGCCAUUAUUCGAGCACAAGAGGCCAGUAAUAGAAUCAAAGAGCUCGAAGAGACGAUUGACAAGAACGCUGAGGAGAUGCUCGAGAUUAGGAUGAGAUCUCAGGCUCUCGAGAGAGAAGCACGCGACCACGCGGCUAACAACCAGCGCCUUAUUGUCCAGAUUGAGAGCUACCGACUUGAGGUGAAGAAGAUGGAAGACCUUUUCGAAAAGACCGAAGCAGAGCAUGCAGCCACCCUCCAAGAGAUCCACGCCGCGACUACUCAACAUCUAUCAGAUAUGGAUGCCAAGGUCUCGGCAGAGACUCGAGGGCGUCGUGCAGCCGAAGAAUCUGCGGUGGAGCGACUAAGAAAGAUUAACGACCUAGAAUCGGCACUCACCUCCGCCCGACAGCAGGCUGACAUUGCGCAACAGCAUCUCUCACGGCUCGAACAGGACCUUGAGUCCUCCAGAUAUGCUCACACGAAUUCCAACAAGACUCACCAAGAAGAAAUCGGAGGACUGAACUCGCGUAUUUCGAAUCUGUCGACUGCACUAGCUUCUGCUGAUGCAGAGAUUGAAAAACUCAAGCAUCUCAACGUCAAGCUGGAGGAUCGGUACCAGGCCGAGAUACAACAUGCUUCUCGCGCCGUGGAUCAAAUGAGUACCGAGUUCACGCGUGCCGCGGCCAAGUUUGUCGAGCAGAGAAAGAGUUAUAUCCGGGGGGCAACAGUACGUAACGCCAACUGGCAAAUCGAGAGUGAUGAUCUUGUUUCUGAUCCAAUCCUGCCGAUGACUCCUGCGAGCGUGGUGCGGUUCUCAAGUCCAGAGUACGGACCAGUGUACGAUGGAGACGACCACAUUCCCGGCAGUGUCGAAAUUGGAAGAGGCAAAGCCAAGAAGAGCAGUAGACGGGGGAUCGUGCCGGGAUUGGGCAUCAUGAAGAAACCUCGACGACGAUAUGAUAGUGGAAUCGGCAUGGACUCCUUGAGCGAGGCUGACGACGAGGAUAUCUCGAACGAUCCCAUGACGCCCGAAAUGAGUUCCGAAUUGGAUGUUGAGAACGAGAAUGAGAACGUGAACGACAACCGAAUGAUGGUGACGGGUUGA